AUGCCGUCAAUAUUUGACACCAAGUCGCCAUUCUCUCGUUCGCAUUCGUCACCCAACAUACCAGAGCUGGUGAAUAGGGACUACAUGCCGUCCGCCGUCACCCGCCAGAACGAUGGACUACCACGGUCCGCGAGUUACACCUGUAUACCUGUAUUAGAGCCCCAAUACCCAUCAGAGAAGGAGCUGCAUCGGAUUGCAACCAGCGAGGCACAAUCGCAGCUUAAUAAGGAGAACCAAACACUGAAGAAGAAAGACGUGAAUGCAGGCAAUCGGUUGUCAAAGGAUAAGGCUGAAGAGAGACCAAAACUGGAGAGGAUAGGGAGGAGGAAGUCUUUGGUGGCUCGACCAAAGUCAUGGAUACAAAGGGUGAAGGGCUCUCCAGAGCGUCAGUCGGCUCCGGAGCUGUCACAUACAACGCCAUCGGAUGCUCCGCCGGUCCCUACCAUUUCGAAAGCGACACGGGAAAAAGAAAACAAAACGAAACCUCUAUCCGAGUCGUUCGCAACAUUUGCCCGUAAAUCAUGGAUCACAUCGUCAAGGUCCCCAUCUCCUAAUCGGACGGUGGAAUCGAGCGCGGAGGAAGAUGGCCUCGUGGAGGAUUUGAACUCAACAGGCAGUACAACACCGAAACGGCGUCUCUCAAUAGUACCCAAUCCUAGGUUAGACAAGUCACGACGGAGCAAAACGGCCGAAAACCUUACGGUGCCUUCCGCGAAUUCAGGUCCAGCGUUAGCGAAGACGAAACAAAGACCACAGAGUGUGAUCAUGAGUUUGAAGAAUUUUGCUUCUACAAACUCAUCCACAAGCAGUCUUCCAGGAAGUUCUGUAGAUAAUCGCUCUACACCUAGGACCUCGAUUGACAAAGUUCCACCACUUCCCACGGCGCCAUCUACCGAAAGAUUGCAGCAGCUUGGAUCGGAUAACUCUAAACGCCGGGAUGAACUUUGGUCGGCGUUUCGCUCCAUCGAAAAUGAUUUCACCAAAUUCCAAGGCAAGUCCUGGUCUUUAAAAACAAACGUAGUUAGAUCCUCUUUACUUCCAUUCCUAAGGAACCAUGCCCAGCACCCGUCGAACAAAAACCUCCGCCCGGAAGACCUUGAACGUCGAAUUACCAUAUUGAAUAAGUGGUGGACCGGAAUACUUGAGGUUCUAGACGGAAGACAAAAUCAGACUGUCAGUGGAGUAGACCGACCCAUUCUACUGGAUGCUUGCUAUGCGAUUAUGACACGGCCAGAGUGGAGAACUUCGCCAUCCCAAUUCGCGUCUUUGGCAGAUAGAGACCCCGACCCCAUCGUGGAGAGACGACCUCAUCUUCCAAACAAGAAGUCCUCAGGUUCCUUGAGUUCUACCGUCAGUCAAUUCAUGCAUGAGUCUGUACAUCACAAUGCCAGGAACCUGUUCAUACAGAAUCUCCUGACUCAAAUGGCUUACAUUGUUGAUAAAAUGUCCCUUAGACACGCGCCAGCAAGUCUCGUCACCUUUUGUGGAAAAGCAACCGCCUAUGCUUUCUUUUUCGUGCCUGGCGUUGCAGAGGUUUUAGUCCGAGUUUGGAAAUUGCAGAUGGACGUUCUCCGACGAGUGUCUGAUGAGUUGGGCCUACCGAAGAGAUUGAACAAAAUCGACACAGAUGAGGUAAUCGCACACUUCCCGACCCAUGUUCAUGGACUUGGUUGGACGUCUGUAAAAUCGAUGUCAAACUACCUUCGCUCGGAUCCGUUCUUGCCAGUCUUGGUCUCAAAAAUACCUUGGUAUGGACAUUGGGUGGGCAGAUGGUGCGGACGGGACAGCGAUCUAUUUUUUGUUUUUGCAAAGCACUACCAUGUGCUGGCUGAGGAGUUUUUGGUCCCAGACCUGCCUCUUGUCAGCAAAGCACGAGCUCCAGGAUUUGUACUUGUGCAAGCCCAACUUUUGACAGCUUUGGACAGCACGAUUCAUCGUCAGCCCACAGCAGACCCUCUGCCAAUCACAUUUGACGAUGUGCUUGCUGGAGCUGAUGCCAGUGCUGCGGCCCUCCCGCUACCUUCCAAUAAUUCGGCAAGACCCAUGGCUGAGAAUCGACUGAUCAUGCUUCUACGAGAUUUUAUCUCAGAACGCCCAUCGGAUUAUGAGUUAGCUCGUAAGACAUUUGCAGAGUCAUUCAGCAAAAUGAUGCAAGCGUCAGCGAAGAGGACCUCCAUGUACGACCAUAAUGCGUGUUUUGUGCUGUGUGAUUUCAUGGAAGAGGCGUUAAUAAUCUUCGUUCGCUUUAAUAACGCUCAUGGACACGAAUCCGACUUUGUGAAUUGGCAAUUCUGGCUUGAUGUAUGCACGAAAAUGCUUCACAGCGAGAACAGCAUGUCCGAAAUUCGACUAUUUGCGUUUCUGUUUGGAUCGUGGAACGUACUGGUCCAAAACGAGCGUCGAAAAGAGGUCAUUUGCAUGGAUUGGCUCCUGACCGAGGAUACCUUUGAACGCUUCUUCAAUCAUUGGUGCCCUAUGGUUAGAGCAUAUUACAUGCGUCUGCUGUGUUGGCGCAUAUGUCGAGAUGAUGGGGAAGCCACUGAUCUUGACACUAAGAUAUUCUCCGUUGUAUCAACCCGUGUUAAAUCAACCUGGGCACACUACAUCUGGCUUAAACAGGCAGCGGAGAAGAAUCGCAUGGUCCCGCCAUCUACGGCCCCCUGUCAUCCGGCCCCAGGACGACGACUUCUUAUUAUUCGAAACGACAACCAGCUUCCUGCUCCUAACAUGUUUUUAAGCUUUGAUGGAUUGCCGUCCAGUGGGAGUGGUGCACUUACACAACCUUCCUCGUUCAAUCGUCAUUCGUCUUUGACCAAUAUUACCAACGCGGAGACUACGAACCCACCGACUUCCACCACAUCGACGUCAGAUUCCCCGCCUUCUUCCAAGAAGCGAUGGACUUUUAUGGGCAAGACGCUAUCGUCUCCAUUUACCGGCACAGAUACUACUCCAUCGGCUACGCCAAGCGGUUCAAUUUCUAAUGUCAAAACGCUUGAGGAAGCCCGCCGCGAGACGGCUUUGGCACGUAGUAAACCUCAAAUGCAUUCUAAGAAUUCGAGCACAGAUAGCGAGACUCCACCUUCCACCAGUACACACCGAGCCUUCAGCUUCAAAUUUAGUCUGGAAUGGAGCCAGCAUUUCGAAAAGCCACAGCCACCACAUGCACCUCACAGCAAUUUGCCUGGCACAAGAGGAGGAACGGGAUUCAAUGUAGGCCCAGAAAGACGCCUGUCCCCACCCCGAUUACCAGCAGCUGCCCAAGCCUGGCUUGGUGCCAGAGUGCCCGGCAUAAGUCGAGAAAUCCUGCCUCGUGACCCCAGCGAUGCUGAAGCGGCUGUCGAAAGUCAAACAAAUAAGGGAGAUCGAAUGGCUAGAUCUAAGUAUGCUGGCCGAGCUCUAGCUGAGUGGGCAUUGAUUGUCGCGGAAUGCAAUAACUUCAUCGAAAGACGAAGAGCAGAAGGUGUGCCAACUCUUAGAUGGGUUGAGGUUCCUACUCUAGGUGUUGAAGGGUUCCGAAAAGUAGGAUGA